AUGCCGAGCAAUGAAACGCUGCGAGCUCCAGACCGCGGUGGCGGUAAUGAACAAUCCAACUAUAUCCGACAAAGUGAUAGGGUGUAUGAACAUCGGGAGUCGCAGGCCACUGCAAUGACGGUCGACUACACAGGGCAAUGGAUACUUUUAGCAGGAAGACGUCAUCUGGCUCUACAACGUCUCGGUGAAGAUGACGAUGAAGUUUGUUUAAGGAAAUACAAUACAAACUCUAAAUAUGAAGUAUCUGCUGCAGAAUUCGCAAUAUGUCCCGAAAGCAAGGAAUCUUGUGCCAUAGCGACCAGUCAGCACAUAGAUGUAGUAACUUGGGGUGCUGCCGAACCCAGAUAUAUCCAUUCCCUACGAGGUCAUACACGCAUGGUGACCGAUAUCGAUUGGCAUGGUAAAAAUGCGAACCUGCUCGUAAGUUGUUCUAUUGAUACAUUUUCCCACAUUUGGGAUUUACGGGAUUCCAGAAAGCCAACGUUGUCUUUUAGUGCUGUGUGCAUGUCUGGUGCUACACAAGUUGGCUUCAAUAGGGUCUCGGGAAAUUUGUUAGCGGCUGCCCACGAUGGUGAUUUACGAAUUUGGGAUAUUCGGAAGGGUUCAUGUCCCAUACAUUACAUUACCGCUCAUCAAAAUCGGGUUCAUGGUAUUAAUUGGAGCCAUCGAAGAGAAACAUGUUUGGCUACAGCAAGUCAAGAUGGUACUGUUAAGUAUUUCGACAUAAACAAUCCACGAAGAGCAGAAAAAAUAAUAACUACAACAUCACCGGUAUGGAGAGCUAGGUACACGCCUAUUGGCAAUGGACUUGUCAGCAUUGUUGUGCCUCAUUUGGGCCGAGGUGACAAUAGCCUUCUAUUGUGGAGUAACAGCAAACAAAACGAUCCCGUUUGUUCCUUUGUUGGCCACACUGAUGUUAUAUUGGACUUUGCAUGGCGUCCAAAUCGUGAAAGUCAAAUGGAAAUUGAAUUAGUAACAUGGUCACGGGAUCGGACAUUGCGAGUAUGGAAAAUUGAUGAUAAAAUGUUAAAACAUUGUGAACCUGAAAAUGAUUCCAAUGAAAAUUACGACCUUAACACACAAUCUCGUGUCGGUACGCCGACUAAAUUCCAACCUCCUUAUUGUUCUUCCUUCCAAAGAGUACCGGUGUUCCGAUCACAACCAGUUGCUGUGUCGCUGCCAGUAGAAACGGCAGAAAUCGUACACAACACAAUCAUAUCGAGAUCACCAACACUAAUGGCGACAUCUUCACGCUCGUCUACACACAGAUAUAGAGAGGAAACAGCAGUUGCCCGAUCGUUGACUGACCAGCCUACAUGUUCACUUCAUCACGAAUUCUCUCUGCUAAACACAAAUAUGCCUCACGUGGAGGUGGAUACCCUUGAUGCUAUAAAACGCUUUGCAAUGUUUAACAUUUCUGCAGGUGGGCACAUGGCUGUCCUACAAAUAACAUUUCCAACGGAUUACCCCAGUCCGAAUAACAGUCCAGAGUUUGAAUUUUGUGAAGGUACAACAAUGCACGAACAUCUGUCAAGGCUGAUGCUGAAAGUUCUUAGAACGAAUGCAUUGCAACGAGUUAAAAAAUCGCGUACAUGCCUAGAGCAGUGCCUUAGGGCCUUAGUAGCUGCAAUGAAGAAGUCAGGCGGAGGAUCGGAGAAAUCGCAUGUGCGUUUGCAAUCUCCUCGUUUAGAAGGAGCUUUGAGUGGAGCUCUACACGAUGCUUGCAUACCCUUUCCCCGGACAUCAGCAGCCACCUUUAAUGCAGUGGGAAUGUUAUGCAGCUUCACACAAACGCUCAAUACAAAAAGACUAACGCUUCGCCAUCAAAAUAUUACGCCACGAACACUGUGGGCCACCAAUGGAGGUGGCCUGUUGGGUAAUGUCAUGGGUGAACAACCAAUGUUGUACGCACAUCGUGAUUCGAAUGCCUCAUUCUAUCUUCAGGAUCGUAUGAGUUCAAAGCACUCAAAGAAUCGUUCAAUCCAAAAAGCCAAUCAUUCGACGGCUAUAGUUCAAAUCUAUGAAUGCAAUAAAUUGCUUAAUAUCAGUCGAGCAAUGGCCUCAGAGUACUCCCUAGACAAAACAGAUAUAAUUGCGACAUGUCGCAAGAACCGCCUUGUUUGUGAGAAUGAGGGACGCUAUGAUCUUCUGCCCAUUUGGACAAUGGCCGAAAUGAUUGCAACGCCUAAUGUGCCAUUGAGUGGGACAAAGCUGAGUAAAAUGGUCCUCAAUGAGGAUCCUUUUAAGAAAGCUCUCUUGGAAUCACUUAUAAUGCACUAUGCGGCGGCAGGCGAUCUACAAACAUCCGUUAUACUGGCAUGCUUGUUUCAUCCCGGAGGAACAAAUGGACAAAUUGGUAUCGCUGGUAAUAAUGGCGUGCCAAGUGGCAAUGUGCAUGGUCACUGCAAAAUACCCAUUCUUACGUCCAAUACAUCGCCAUAUCAUACUGUUCUUCCUAUUGAUUCUCAUGCUUCAAAUGCCAACAAGAAUGCCUCCAACUCCAUCCAGUUGCGCAGUAAUUCGUGGUCGGAUUCAUUAGACUGUGUCGAUGGCAAAUUCUCAAAUAGUGAAUUGUGGGCCUCGUCACUAAUAAGGCGAUCGAAAAUACCACUGUUUGAUCAUUUCAAGAAAUUGUAUGCCGAAAUUCUUUAUGGCUGGCAAUUGUUAACGACGCGAUCAUUGAUCCUGAAGCACACGGUGCUGUUGAAAUGUCCUCGACAAGGGGUUGAAUUUGUGACUGAAUGUUCCGGAUGCAACAAAACAAAACGCACCCCGGCCUGUGGACCUUGUCAGCGUCCCGUUCUAUUUUGUACCCUAUGUAGAAUACCAGUUAAGGGAGCUGCCAAUGCUUGUCUAUCAUGUGGUCACGGUGGCCAUUUUAUGCAUAUGAAGCAAUGGUUUGAAAAACACAAUGUAUGUGCAUCUGGUUGUGGUUGUCAGUGUCUACAAGAAACUGCCUUUCUUUUGGAAUAUGUUAAAUGA